AUGGAAAGAAAAGGCUCUGGGGAAACUGCAGACAAUGUAAGUCAAUUUCCUCAAGCAGUAACUGUCUCGACGGGCCAACAUGCUUCGUUUUACUGCUCUCUUCCCUUCUUUCGUGAAGGGCCCAGCGUAAGCGUACAUUGGUGGAAACAGGGUGAAAAUGAUUUUUUCAUCCCAGACCCUGACGGGAGAACGAUUUCCGGCGUCAGUACUAAAUUCAGUGGCUUCCUGAAAAUAGCCAAUGUGAGCCGACAGGAUGCCGGAGUAUAUUAUUGUACCAUCACCCGCCGGGGCACUUUAGUUGGCAACGGAACCGGAUCGACAUUAGUUGUGUUGGUUCCGCCAACUCCACUGAAAAUUUACUCUGGAAUUCCCGAGAAGACGGAAUCCUUCUUUAUUCUCUGCGCGACAUCUCCCUUUUACCCAAAGGAUAUCAGCUUCAUCUGGUAUAAAGAUGGUAUAAAAACUACAACGGAUUUAGUUAAUAGCAACAAGCCCACCGCAGAUGGAUUGUAUGAAGCUUCCAGCCGAUUAAAGGUGACACAGUAUGGCCCGACCGGCACCGUUUACACCUGCCUUGUGAAUCAUGUAACUCACCGUGUUCCUGCAGCAGCCACUUACGUUGUCAUCAACUCCGACACAGUUCCGCCAACUCCACUGAAAAUUUACUCUGGAAUUCCCGAGAAGACGGAAUCCUUCUUUAUUCUCUGCGCGACAUCUCCCUUUUACCCAAAGGAUAUCAGCUUCAUCUGGUAUAAAGAUGGUAUAAACACUACAACGGAUUUAGUUAAUAGCAACAAGCCCAUCGCAGGUGGAUUGUAUGAAGCUUCCAGCCGAUUAAAGGUGACACAGUAUGGCCCGACCGGCACCGUUUACACCUGCCUUGUGAAUCAUGUAACUCACCGUGUUCCUGCAGCAGCCACUUACGUUGUCAUCAACUCCGACACAGAUUACGUCAAUUACGUCAUGAUUUCGAUAUGCGCAGUGAGCGGUCUUGUAUCGUUGCUAUUGGCUCUUGUCAUUGCAAAGCGUUGUAUUGCAAGGAAAAUUAAAGGUACGCGGAAGGAAGAAGAAAGAUCCGAUGUUAUUGAGCAACUGUCCAUGGAACGUGCGAGUGAAGCGAUGGUGCCUUAUGCUGCGCUAAAUCUGAGCAAACCCCGGAAAGUUCCAAGGCAGGUGAAUCAAGAAAGGACGCUGUAUGCACAGUCCCUAGCUGACAGUCAACCUACCAGGGAACCAGCUUACCUGUCAUCUGAUGCCAGCCCCGAUUUGCACAGUUUUUCGUCGGCUCCAACCAAGCAGAAACCAAUGCAUGGUAAAGUGAUUUCUACGACGGGAAACAAGACAGGAGAAAGCGGCACAACUGCGCCCAUUGCUUUCCGUGAGCAGUUGCACUUUAGUGAACAGUUGGACUUUAGUCUGCUUUCUUUCCCACAGCCAGCCGUCAAUCAAUUCUGCAACCUGUCGAUAAUUACUAUUCUCUGA